CUGUGUACAAUGUGUACAUUACAAAUCUUGUAUAAAAUUUCUGUUGGCUGAACUGGUCCACUUAUUCCGACUGAAUGCUAUCACGAAUAUCCGACGCUUUGGGGUGUUGUGACAAAGAUUCUUCAAGCGACUAUGCACCUGAAGGCAGUAGUUGGCUAUCAACAAGUGUGGAGGUUACUCCCUUUUUUGUGGUCCCAGCUCAAACACUACAAGAUAUCUUGCAAAAGAUUGGGAUAAGUAGAUGUCCGAAUACGGGACAGUUUUAUCUGACUAAAAUGCCAUUCUUAGCCGUUAACAAUCAUGUAUCCAAUCCUACUUCACCUUGGGCUAUGGCUUAUUCCGCUCAAAAGCGAUGCCGUUAUUUGGAAACUUUUCUAAAGUCUAAGCAUCAGUUGUGUCACAAACUGACUGAUGAAUUACGCAGUCUAUCAGCAAUUUCAAAUGAAGAUAUUUCAAGUAAUUUAUCUACGUUCUUCAAUUUGCUAUGUCCUUUACUUACGGACACACCCAAUGCGGAAGUUGAUCUUCCCGAUAAUGACGUCUUGCUGUUGUUUGGCUCUCCAGCAACAGCAUUUCAAAUACUUUUGUUUACACCAUGUUUGUGCUCUCUUCUGACGGACUUCGUGUUGGAGUUAGUUGCUAAUCAUUCGCCAUAUUCUGAACAUCUUCUUGAGCAAUUUCGACAACCCAUUGGUCUUCAUGCGUUGUUCGGCACCAAACAAACAUUUUCUGAUAUAUCCUCACGUCUUACUGAUCUGUUUCAGAUUGCUGAGGAACCACGAGUACAAGCCAAAAUCCUUGGGAUUCUUCCUGAUCUGGCAUCUUCUCCUUGUUCGUCAGGGUGUAUAUUAAGUGAUGAAGAUAGAUCAUCGCUUGUUUCCCAGCUUAUCAACUUACUCGAUAAUGUAUCUCUUGAAAAUCAACACACUUCAUCCAAGGAUUGUAAUGCAGUCAUUUGCCUCAUCGAGUGUUUAACGGAUUUUUCUGUGAAAGGAGACUUGAUGGAUAGAUUACAUUCUGCUUUCUUCCAACUUCUUGAUCGCUGUAAUGGCCUGGAUUACUAUUUUGAGUAUCUUCGUAUAAUAACUCGUUGUCUUUUGAUUAGUGGACCAGCUCUUCCACAGACACCAGCUGAGUUAUCUAAACUUGUAACGCGUUUACGUACUUUCUUCGUUUUUGCUAGAUCAGGCUUCGUUGAUUCAGCAGUUGUAAUAAAUUCUACUCUUGUUGACCUUUUACGAGUUGCAUUUCGAUUUAACAAAAAUAUUGCAUCUGAAUGGAUACGUGUAAUUGGCUUAGAUUCUCAAACGUGGGACUCAACCUGUCAGACUACCAAUGGUUUCACACCUCACAAUCAGUCUUUCCAAGAUUUUAUCAUACUAUGUAUAGCUCUCAGUACUCCAACAAUGACUGUUCAGAAAAGUGGAGAUAAUUUAGAUGCGGUUUCAAACACUUCUUCAAUGGAAGCUCUCUGUUCUUCUGACUCAUAUCAAUUUAAUCGCUUAAAAACUGAAGUGCUCUCUUCAGUACGUCGUCUUUUGAUUACUGGAAGGUUGUUUUCACAUGAUAAGAUCCAUAGUGAUAUAGACACAUUUCUAACAAAUUACGGAGAGUUACUAUUUUCUGGGAGUACUCGUCUUUUUUCACCAUUUACAUUCAUUUUAAAUCAGCUUAUCGCAUCAAAUGAUCUGGUUCCUACUCAUUUCAAAUUUGUAACCAGGUAUAUUGCCCUCUCUUUAUACAUCAAAACAUUCACUAGCUGCAUGAGUGACCAUUUACAAAAACAGGAAAUCAUAAGUCAUCUUGUUCACCAUUCGUUGACGGGGAUCAGUAGCUUAAUUGUGAGAAAUACUAGUCGCCCUAAGUUGGAAGGCAUCAUAGACGCUACCCUUGUGACAUUGAUACGACUAGCUCAGUCGAAUGCUAAAGAAUUCGGGGUUUUCGAGACAAAUUUACGUGCUCUUCGCAAUCAAGUUGAUUUUACGGGGUCUUGUUGUGAUCCUAAACAAACUAAUUUGAAAGAUUUUAACGUGUUUAACGGACACCACUCGGGCUAUUUACACCGGAAAAAACAUAUAAAACAUAUAUUUUUUAUACUCGCGUAUACGGCAUUUGGAAUCAGAGAACAUCGCGAACAACAGGACAGUUUACUGCUGUUUGUUCGUAAGCUGCUGUCAAGUCAGUCAUUAUUUUCGAAAUGUGUGGGUAUAAUCGGUGCUGUUGCAAUAAUUGAAGUAAUCUGUAAGAGGGACUCUUCAUUGAAAAACAUAGAACGCGAUUCGGCUACUUGUCUUUCACUGAAUGAAGAUGACUCUGCUGUGUUAGCUUCACAGCUUGCCCAUGUGGAUAGCGGUCGAAGCAGUACAUAUACCACGAAUACUAGUCGAAGCAGUAAUGCUAGUUCAUUGAGCUUGAAAGUUCCUGGCACAGAACUUGCUGAUGACCCAUGUGAUGUUCAUCUGUCAGUUGGUGACAGUGAGGAAGAUACAGGUGCUAACUGUUCUUCCCAUUCUUCUCACCUUAUAACGCCACCUUCUCGUCUCCUGCUAAGACUGAUAGGAUUGGUCGAAUAUUCAGUUCGUUCAUAUUGUCAACUAAUGGUGUUUUGGUUAGACGAACUGGCAUUUUGUUUUAAUCGAUUAACUCAACUAAGUGAUAAGUGCAGGACAAGUCAAUCCAUUUUAGAUCAUGGAUCUAUUAAUGAAUCUCCCUUUUACGGAGAAGGCAAAAAGCUUGUCAUUUGGAUGGGUGCUCGAAUCAUGCGCCAUUUCCAGGAUGAUUUCGUUUUGGAUAAUGCUUCUUUACAAAAUUAUUUACCUCAGUUUUCAUUGCAUAAACCGAGUUUAUGUGAAGUCGCAGUUGCUUUGGGACCCUCAUGGGACAGAUGUUCAGCUAAUCAACGUUUAUUCAAAGGGGAGAAUUCAUCUGUUUCGAGUCCUCUUUUAUUGCCUGCAUAUUUAAAUUUGAUAGCAAUUGUAGAGGCAGAUCAAAAUGGUGGAAAUUUGGAUACCAUCGAUGCUCUUUUGGGUUGUCCAGUCCUAGUGCCAAACAUGUUUCUGAACAGCGAGGCUACCCAGUUGAUCACGGCGAAUGAACCAGUCAGCAUUGAGGAGCCUUACUUAGUCAUAGGGACGAUCAACUGGUUCAUAGAAACUGUCAACGUUUUCGCUUCUAAGUUACUGUUUGCCAAUUCGUCUAGUUCACAAAAUUUUCACUUUCAUACAGUUGCAUCAACUAACGUGUUUAAUUCAACUCGUAUACAAUAUUUAUCAAUCCUUCUGCGUCUCAUUCAGAUUGCGAAACUUCGUCAUUGUCUCUAUUAUUACUUAGUAAUAGCAUUCAAAACGAAGGACGUCCAACAACCAGAUGCAGUUGAGAUAUCCGAUAUUGAAAACCCUGGAUUUCAGUCUCAUCGUAUGUCAACCGACAGUGAGUAUAAUGUUUCUUCGUCGAAUCUGUUCUUCCCUACUGCUACUUAUCAACCUGCAACGUGUUUUUCUAAUCAUUUUGCUUCUUACAAUAGAGAAGUCAAUCAAGUUUGGUUUAAUUGUGGUGUUCAUUUGCAGUCAUUUCUGUCUGGUGAUAUAGAUUGCUCUUCAGGCCGAAAAAGAAAUAGUUCCAGCUCAAGAUUUGGUACAUGUUCUAAAGGAAAAGAAAUACGUGUCUCCUCCAACUUAAGUAUUGUAAAGCGUAGAAAAGCAUUAGAGAACACAAUCGAAAGUCAAUGGGAUAACGUAAAUGAAAAUCAAGAUGACAAUUUAUCUGAAAUGAGUGAUUCAGCUGCUUCACAAGAUGAAUGUAAUGCAAUUCAACAGAGCGAUUCACCGCAAAUCCCAAGGAAACAUGGCAAGAAGACUGUUUUUGUUAAAUCAUCCAAAAUGGCUAAAGUCAGUAGAAAAGCAAUUAAAUCUGAUAAACUCUGUGUGAUGCCAAGUUUACGUGAAUUGACCACUUGUUUUCGCGAAUUGGAUCUCAGUGCCAUUGUUUUAGGUCUAAGCUCUUGGCCAUGGAUAGUGAAGUGUAAUGAUAAUCAAGUAUCCAAUGUGAGUUCUAUUGAUUGGACAACACUUACUUGGCUACUUGAUGAAUUAAGUAUCCGUUUGGACUAUGUUAUUGGGAUCCCCUUACCCGCCACAAAUGGAUGGAAUGCAUUUGAGCGUUUAAACAAUCUCACCGAAUCUUCGAAGCUUGCUUAUUUCACUUAUAUUGUUCCUUAUCUUGUCUAUAUACUAGUGCAUGCAGUGGAUUAUAUUUCAGGUAUAGCUAAGCACGCAAAUUAUUCGAACAAUGUGAGUGACACAGUUUUCUCAUCAGACUCAUCUGACGAUGAGCGUAGCUCACAGGAUAUUACGGAGUCCAAAAAGUCACAGUCGGAUGCACCUACUUCUGAAAAAACUAAUCCAAUUAAUGGAAGUAAAUUCAUCGAAAGUUUAUCAUCUGGAUUAAAUUGUCAGAUAUCAUCCAUCGUGUGCAUUUGUUUACGUUCUUUGUUGAUGUUCACAAAUGGAUUCAUUAAUCUCUCUCCAAACGUCGAACGAUAUUUAUUUGACAGCCCUGAUUCAUUAACUAUCAGUUCUAUGACCACUUUCACAUAUAAUACCAUAAACACAUUUGCCAAGUGUUGUAAAUCGAACAUCAAUACAAGUGCUACACGUGAAAUUAUGAUAAAUGCAGAGGGUAUCAUUAGACCCGACCACUAUAAGCCUAUUAAUCAUGAUUAUGAUGUAGAACAAACCACAUUGUUUAUGAAACAAAUGGAUGAAGUAGAUGGAAAACUUUUUGUUGAUAUUUACGAUGAAAAUCAUGACUCGCUGCCCAUUUUAAAAGAAAUAAAUAUGCCUAGAUUUGACAAUGCUGCCUUAUCUGAAAACCUACGUACAAUAAUCGAAUACUUGAUGAAGAAUUUAACACCAUCUCGUUUACCUAGUGCUUAUGCAGCUCUUUUACACUGCCGCCUUGUAUUUUAUUUGUCUUCUUUGUAUUAUGAAUGUCAAAACAGCUUAUCCGUCUCAUGUCAAUCAGAUGAAAAUACAUUUUGGGUUCCAAAUUUAUUCUCUUACACAAAAGACGUGUUGAAUCAAGAAUGGGAAGCUUCUAUCAAGUUGAAAGACCAAACUUAUUCAGAGUGCCUCCAAGCUCUACUAUCAUUCCAUCUUCGUUGUCAGUUCUAUCGUUCAAAAAAGCUUUGUUCGUUAUCUCAGUCAACUAGUUUAUUAGUAGAUUUCACCAGAAGAGUUCUCGCUCCAGCUGUACAGUGUCACCAGAAUAUCAUUCAUCCAUUAUCUUCAAAUGGCGUUUCUGACAAUUUACAUAAUUCAUACCGAACUUUAAAUCGACAGACAAUCGAUAUAUUUUGCCGUGAGGUGUUGGAAAGUGUAGUCUGGAUUUCAAAACAUCUAUGUGAUUUGCCAAGAAGCAUAAACACUUCAGUGAAUUCAGUUCAUUUGGACGAAAGCUCUAUUGUUGCUCAGUGGAAUCAGUGUGUUGAAGUGCUGUGUUGUAUUACAGAUUUUUUUCGAAAGUCUGAACGAAUAACGGAAUCAAAUUCAAGACCCAGUAGAAAUUUUCCUUCAAACAAGAGCAAUUCAAUAAUUCAUUUAUUACCAACAGUGAUGCGAACUGGACGUCUGUUCCUUCAAUUAUUGCUGAAAGGUGCUAUGCCUUUACUAAAUAAUUUGUUUAGACAUCGAGGUGUGGAGGUUACUACCUUCUUAAAGAACACACAACAACUAACUCGUUUCCUUCAACGUAUAUGCAAUCACGCUAAAGCAUAUCGUGACUCUCAACUAACUAAUCAAAUUCCAGCUACAAGACGGUGUUUGGAAACGUUUGUUUAUAAAGUCAAGGUUAGUUUCAUAUUUUUAGGGUUCCCUUAAAUAGUGAUAAUCCAUCCAAUGUAUCGAACUUUCUUAUUUUCAAUAGGAAGACAUUUUCACUGUAUGAUUGUAUGAACUAUCACUCCGUGUUCCCAAACUGGGAAACUUACUGAGUUAUAUGAAAGGGGAAAUAUACUAGCCACGUGAUCAUGCUUUCACAAAACAGUUGCUUGGAAGCGUUUUGGCUUGGAACAUUGAAAAAUCGAGAUCUUCAUGGGGCUGAUCUAUCAGAAGAUAAUGAUUCUAUUGAAGGUGAUACUGAAUGCCCUAGCACUGGUUCACGUUCUGUUAGUUACUCUAAUUCUUCUAGGAUCGACAUUAAUCGUUAUUCUGCGUCGCACUGUGUAUCUAAUACUAGUACUUCAACUUCAAGCCAAAUUGUAAAUGAAGGUCAUUCUACCCCCCGUUAUGCAGAUGGUGAAUCAGAAGUAGAGGAAGAAUUUGGUGAUCAUAGUCAAAAAUGUGAGGGAUUGACUGAGGAAGAGGAUGUCAUUAACGAAAGUCCUAGUGACGAUAGUAAUCUGCUUGAAGCAAAUGAUGAUUAUUAGAUUCAUUACUUUUACAUCUGCAAUCUAAUCUAAACCAAUUAAUAAAACAUUAAAUACUAUCUUGAAGCAAUAUUAUAUUUUGUCUCUGCAUGUGGUAGAUCCAAUAUUGGGAUCCAUUUGUUGUGUACUAGGUGUCUUCCUAUCUAAAUUCUACAAUUUUCCUAACUAUACACUUAGUCUGCUUGUCUCAGUUAUUUCUCUGAAGGAUACUAUCUGAGACGAAAUUGAUGAAGGUUAUGUAUGGUGAAGGCUGUUUUGAUUGUAUUACAAAUACCCCUCUCUAUUUUUAUUUCUGGUGCCACAAGUUUUCGGAUUGUUUCAUCUCGUCUUUCUUAAUAGGAUAUUUCAGCUUUCCUCUCCAAAGCUAGGGAACAAACGAAAGCAAAUGUCAUUGGAUGACAUUUUUACGUCCAUAGUUAAAUAUGUUUUUAUGUUACUUACGACACCAAAGCGUGGGUAUUUAUUUGAUCGCUUCCGAUAGGUCCGUUCAUUUUAGUCGUUCAAAGAUCUGUUUACCAAACGAGAUUAUAAAUCAUUCGUAUACUUAGAAUAGUAUAUUUACUUAGUUAACAAUAAAUUAUUAUUCAUACGUCUUGAAGCUUUAUUUUAUAUACUUGCUAACUUGGGGAAUCAUCGCGUAUAUUCAGAGACGUGUCAUUUAGAGUUGGAAUUUAAAUCAUAAAGUUUUCAUUUCAAAUUUUUAUGUAGUUUCUGUCUGGAUUCUCGCGAGAAAUUCAUCCUUUGAUAUUUCUAGGUUUCUUGUUAAUAAUAUGACAUGGGUAACCAAAAUAUCUAGAGAAGCGUAAACGAAUAUGGUAAUACAUUUAGAAGAAAAAACCAAUGUUUUGGUGGGCUUAGUAGUAAAAUAGUGGAUAAAAUCGAUUAGUGGUUUUCUGAACGUUUUUAAUGUAUCAAAUACAAAACAUCACUUAGAAUCUAGUAAAUCACAAGCAACUCUUAGAAUUGAUUUCUUAGUUAAAUCUACCUCUAAUUUAGCGUCUCUUUAAGAGAUAGAAGAAAUAUUAAAGUCUAAAUCGAUAGCAUCAUGUUUACGAAAAUAUAACUCAGUUAUGAUGUACAGAUAAUUUCUGUAGUAUUCUGUGUCCAUUUAAAAUCAUAUUUCGGCAACCAUUUUUAUUUUUUUGAUCCAUUGUUUGAUCAACCAACCAAUUCGCAUCUGAAAUGUGGAUGCAUGAUUAUAUUUAAAACAAAUUUACUUGUCUAUGUGGCCGUUUAUUUCGUGUAUUUGAGUGACCAAUCAUUUAUUACAUAAUUUUUUAUGAAUGAAUGCAAAACAAACUCAAAUAACCAUUUUUGUAGGGUCAAAACGUCAAAUUCACUUCAUAUCAUGUUUAAACGAUGCUUUUCAGAUUACUGCGAACAAUUUAAUAUCCUGUUGAUCGAGUCUAAACUAAACGUUGUGAAUGAAAAUGUCUUGUUUGACCAUGAUGAGAAAUUGUGCUCUCAGUUUUUCGGUUUUUGUAAAAAUCUCGCUAUUUUAAAGGUUACACUUGUGUUAUUUUGUUUAACAUUGAGAAAUUGUUCGACAAACGCAUGUAGAACAAUUUUUACGAUCUGAAUCAACCACAAAUUGAUUAAAUCCUUUGAUAAAGGCUAGUAAACUUUCAAACACAAGUCAGUAAACACAAUAAACAUAGUAUUGUGAGCAAAUGAACUAGACUAAUGCUUAAUUUUCAGUUUGACUGUUUUCAAACUUCCAUAGAUCAACGCAUUUAUACAGGUAGUUAUUUGUGAUUCGGUUAAUAUAUAUAUAUGCU